UGGGACAGGGCCUACGGUCUUCUGUCACUAUGCACUGCUCAUCAUCUAAUGCUCUGUUUCUUUCCCACUGGCUAACGCACAGUUCCCCAGGACUACGAAAUCUCAGCUCAGACUGCCUGCUAGGAACUACACGUGGGAAUAUUACUGCAGAUCAGAAAAAUGGUUCUUUUUCUCUGUUGUAAAGAUAUUCUUGUUGCACCUUCAAUCUUGAAAUUCAUGGGAUGGGCUACAAGAAAAGAGAUGGGCUGGCUUUCCUGAAGCAUUUACGAACAGGGACACUGAAACUUCCUGCAAAUUCAUUCCUUGCUAAAGAUAAGAGGACGGACAUACAGCCACCGUUUCAUAGAGUGUGUGUUUGUAUCCAAAUUCUCAUCAUUUUCUAUGAUUUGCCAUGGAGAAGAUCUCAGUGUCAGCAUUCUUGUUCCUUGUCGCCCUCUCUUACACACUGGCCAAAGAUAUCACAGUCAAAUCAGGAGCUAAGAAGGACACAAAGGACUCAGCACCCAAACUGCCCCAGACCCUCUCCAGAGGUUGGGGUGACCAACUCAUCUGGACUCAGACAUACGAAGAAGCUUUAUACAAAUCCAAGACAAGCAACAAACCCUUAAUGAUUAUUCAUCACUUGGAUGAAUGCCCACACAGUCAAGCUUUAAAGAAAGUGUUUGCUGAAAAUAAAGAAAUCCAGAAAUUGGCAGAGCAGUUCGUCCUCCUCAAUCUAGUUUAUGAAACAACUGAUAAACACCUUUCUCCUGAUGGCCAGUAUGUCCCCAGAAUCAUGUUUGUUGACCCAUUCAGAGGCCUUUCCAGUGGGUUUAUAAUAAAGUGUGCAAUGGGAGCUUUAUCUCUGCCUGCAGAACACAAGGAUCCACAGGAGACCUCCCAGAAGAGGCUAGACAAUCCAUCACCUUCAGAUCUGCCCAAGGGAACAGCAGGCCCAGAUUAAUCUAACAAGGCUGCUCUUGGUACUUGAGAAUGUAUUAUUUCUUGAAUGGUUAAUCAUUAGCUACCACCCACUCUUAGAAUGCUAUAGUUUAGUAGCCCUAAAGAUUCAUGCUUCCCAUGCCCUGAUUCGUAAUUGGGUUGACCCAAAUAAGGUCACUGCAAUUAGAGCGCAAACAGGGCUAUGGAAGAGCCCUUUCCACAUAUAAUCAUUUUGUACCAAGAAAAGUAUUACAUCAAGAGAUACCAGAAUCUCAAGGGAACUUCCAAAUUUAACAAAGCAAACGAGGAAAAUACAAAAUGCCUUAAAGUAAAGACAGUGUUCAAAAAUCUCACUUGCUUCAUGCAUCACUUCCAAUCUCAUCUUAUGGGAUAAGUAGGAACAAUGUUACGGUUGCCCAGGGCUCAAUGUGGCAUUGAAGGAGAGCAGACUAUGCCACUCUUUGACAUAAAGAUUAUUUUGAGCUGAUUAUUUUUUUAAUGUUUAUUUUUGAGAGAGAGCAUGAGCAGGAGAGGGGCAGAAAGAGAGAGAGAG